GCUUGUCAGGGGGUAAAUGAUAGAGCACUGCCACCAAAAUUACCACAGGUGUGACGUGACGCUCCCGAUUAGCGAGUCGACAUCCCCAAGCAUCUUUCUCUUUUGAAGAACAUCUCAAUAGCGUUUGGUACGACUAGACAAGAUAUUGAAAUCUUUAGUGGCGGGAAGUUCAGGAACGGUGAAACUACUGACGAGCAGACCAGUAUUCUUCGAAGAUUUCAUCGGACUUGCAUUUGACAGCAGAAGCCAAGGUGCAUGUCUCAGGGUGAAGGAUAUUACGGAGACAUUGCCUCCGGACAAUCUCAGAUGUCCGAAAGUAUCUGAUCCUCCCCCUGAUCUACAUGCGCAAAGAGCAAUGCAUAUUCUUCUGAACGGGAAUGCGAGUCACAGGGUCCAGUUCUUGCAGGGAAGUGGAAGCUGCGCCAUGAUCCUGGAGAGCGAGCUGACAGCAGCUCAGAACAAAUCAACUAGUGUCUAAUCCGGUGCAAGAUUGCUGGGACAAGAAACUCACACAAAACCUCAGGGCAGACAAGACAAGCGCACGAAGACCCUCAUCGUGUCCUUCGUGGUCGGAUGCGGAAAACUUCAACAUGGCACGUGACAUGUCCAAUCGUUUCAUCGGGCAAGGGCGGCGCAUCCAGUUUUUACACUUUGUCAAUUCUGAAAGUCAUGACUGACUCGGUAGAAUUUCAGAGAAUCUCCCUCGAUGCUGUUCCAAUCACGUCGACUCGAGGGUCUGGCCCGACAAAAAUAGCACUUCCCACAGCCGACAGCACCUUCCGCGCCGUCGAUUCGAUACCGAACCUCUGGCGUCGACGCAUUCUUCUCAUGUCUAUAGCUUCGAGAUGUUCUCUACAGUUUCCGAGGGUACGGGUCGGCUUGUAACCGGGCCCUGGAGAAGAUAAAACCAGACGUCGAGCCUCUUGUUGUUUCAAUCUGGACCCAUGCAUCUCCUCCUUCAAGUAGCGAUUUCAGUCUUGCCCAUCGCAGUCUACUAUUUUCUAAAACCUAAAGUGGAUCCUAUCCCGGAUCUGCCAGGUCCAGAGUCCUCGUCGUGGUUUUAUGGGAACUUGGCCGAACUUCUCCUCGCCCCGGACUAUGGCAAGUACGAGUUCACCUGGCUCAAGCGCUUUGGAAGCGUAUACCAAAUCCGGGGUUGUUUCGGACGCACCCAAAUCGUCAUCGCGGACCCGGUAGCGAUGCACCACGUGUUUAGCAGUCCGAAGUGGGACCAAGCACCUCCGCUUUCAACGAUGAUGUGGAUGCUUUUCGGAUCGCAGAGCGUGGAGGGAUUCAGGGCUGGGGGACCCGAGCAUCGUCAUUUACGAGGGGCGCUCAACGGCGCCUUCACGGCCUCUGUUGUCCAGAGCUACGAAUCAAUCUUCGAGCGAGUUGCUGCCGGGAUUUCCGAAAGGAUUGAAUCGAGCCCCACAAACACUGUCGAUAUCGCGGACAUACUCUCGGAUGCGACAUUGUCUGCCAUCUCACUGGCUUUGCUCAGCCGCCCUGUCGAAGAGCUUGACCCCGGUUUCGUCCAGCUCAAUACCAAUCUCUUUCGUGCCGCGGCGAGAUCCUCAAAGAAGGACCUCUUAUCGACCGAAUUACUGACCAAUUACAUCCCUCGGCGCUUGCUCUACAGGCUGCUGCAUUUCCGAGUAGCAGGGUGGCACGCCGUGACACAUGGUCGAGAUCUCGGUCUGGCGAUCGGGCGAGCUGCCGUCGAGGAUAAGUUGCGCGCUCAGGCAUCAGGCGAGGACCAAGGAACCGAAGAUGUGUAUGAUCUUCUCUUAUCAGGAAAAGCGGGCGCGACAAACAAAAAGCUGGAUACAGAGGAACUGAUCGCCCAAACAACCGUUCUUCUUGUUGCAGGUCAAGAUACAACCGCAAACACAUUGGCCUUCACUCUGAUUGAGCUAGCCCGCAAUCCCGCCCUCCAAGACCAGCUCCGCACGGAAAUACAUUCCCGCGCGCCAGGACAGUCGUACAACCAGCUGCCGCUGCUCAAUGCCGUCGUCAAAGAGGCGCUGCGGAUGUUUCCUGCAGAACCCGUCACGGACCGGCUUGCAUAUGAAGACGACAUCAUUCCUCUUUCGGAGCCGGUUCUGGACCGCCAUGGGCGGAAGAUCGAGUGCAUUCCCGUUCGGAAGGGGCAAGUUGUGACGACGGCUAUUGCCUCAUACCAAAGGAUGGCGUCCCGAUGGGGAUCAGACGCGAUGGAUUUCAACCCAAUGCGAUGGCUGGAGGGAGGAUCGGUCCAGACUAGCGACGUCAUUGGUCCGUAUGCAAAUCUAAUGAGCUUCGUAAGUGGAUCACGAACGUGUAUUGGUAUUCAGAUGGCGAUUCGCGUGGGUCGUCACUUGUCAAUCCCUUGUGCUACACUCUCAAAUCAUCCCUUCAGUGUUAUGGAGAUGCAGAUCAUCCUCUGCGAGCUCGUUGGCAGAUUCAGCUUCAGCAUUCCGCCUGGGACCAAAACUGUUGUGCGGCUGGCGCACACCCUGCUCCCGUUGGAUGAAAAGAUCGGAGAGAAGUCUGCUAUGCUACAGGUCAGAUCCAUAUGA